AUGAAGGACGAUCAUGCAAAAAUCACAGCUUCAAGAACUCACGAAAAUCAGUCCGACGCAGAACUGUUGACUCGAUUGCGAAACCUGGAAGGAUUGCUCCGUAGUAUGGGUGGUUUUGGGGGCGAGGAUCGGGCGACACCGCCUCCGCCAUUGUCGGCUCCUUCCAUUGACGGUCCAGGAGCCGGCACAGAACUUGAAAGUCGAUUACGUAGGAUGGAAGGCAUUCUCGGCCUGCUUGCCUCGUCGGACAACAGCAAAACGCAUUCCUCUAACACGCCACCUCGACUUUCCGAUGAAGACGAAAGGGUUGACAAAGGAGUUAUAUCUUCGAACGAUUACCGAAGAAGCGAUCAUUAUCUCGGCCCGGGGCUGCUCGGGAUCCUACCGAUCUCUCCAAUUCUCAACGAGCAGAACGUGGCACUGGCUACAGCUCAAAACUCAGAAAAUCCUGCGCAACCCGAGGACGGUAGCGAGAACCGGCCUUGGAGUAAUUUAGCCAUCGAUACCGCCGACGUGGCGAGUACGAUUAGAAGCAGGAACGGCUUGGCCGCAGACACUUGGUCACAGCAGGUCUAUCCCCCUGAAGGGUUACAUUUACCUUACGGACGAGUUACCGGACCAAACGACGAGGCUGUGUCAGCGAGGGAUCCGAGUCGCGGUGAUUUUGAACUGGCCGACAAGCAUUUCUUGCAGGUCCGCGGCACUGAUGUCGAUCGCACCGAGCCAAGCCGGACCCUCGUAACCGGGGAUAGUGAGGGUCAAGGUCAUCCUUCUUUGUGGAAACGGCCGCCACGUAUUCUCCUGGCUGAAGAUGAUCCAACGUGUUGGGGGAUCUAUUCGAAGUGGCUCGAAAGCUCCGAAUGCAUCUUUGACAUUGUGACGGACGGUCUUGGGGCGAUUAAUAAGAUACAGGAAGGGAUCAAGUACGAUGUCAUUCUGAUGGACAUCAUCAUGCCCAACUUGGAUGGCGUUAACGCUUCGCAUAUUAUCCGCCAAGUUGACAGGACGCCAAUUAUCGCCAUGACCUCAAGUACCCGAACAGACGAUUUCGCCCUGUACUUCAGCAGCGGUAUAAACGAUGUCUUGGUAAAGCCGUUUACCUCCAGAGCGUUGUUCGGAACGUUGGCAAGGCACCUCACUUACUUUGACGUGACACGGCAACCCGAAAGACGCGCCAGUGACGUCAACGGCGAUCAAGCGAUCGUUGAAAGCAGUAUUCCUCGUUCCGAGUCGGCAUUCCUUCAUACAGCUGGCGGAGUUGACCACGGAAGCACCGCAGCCGCAACAGCCGCACUGACCCCUCCACUUUCACUUGGGAGUAUUCGCCAAAGAUAUGCAUCAACUAUAGAUGCUCCAGCAGCUCCUCCGGAAUCAGAAAGUGGCAAGCUCAAACGUGUCGCAACCGUAAUUAUUCAGCAAAAAGUAGAUCAGAUCUAA